AUGACCAUGCUGGAGUCACAUGACCAUGAGCACAUGCCAAUCAUCUCUGCCACACCUGCGCAGCUUCCUCUUGUUCCUCCUCCUCCUCCUGCUCUUCCUCCUCCUCCUCUUCCUGCUCCUCCUCUUGCUCCUCCUGCUCCUCCUCUUGCUCCUCCUGCUUCUGCUGCUCCUUCUUCUCCUCCUGUUCCUUCUCCUCCUGCUGCUCCUCCUCUUGCUCCUCCUCCUUCUUUUGCUCCUCGUCCUGCUCCUCCUCCUCUUGCUCCUCCUGCUCCUCCUCUUGCUCCUCCUCCUCCUCUUGCUCCUCCUCCUCCUCCUCCUGCUCCUCCUCAUGUUCCUUCUGCUCCUCCUCUUGCUCCUCCUCCUGCUCCUCCUCUCCUCCUCCUCCAGGGUUGUAGAGUUGUGCAGAUCUCCAGAUUGAUGGUGGACAGCGCAGGCUGAACUCCUCCAGCUUCACCCAGAGUGCUGCGUGACGGCGGUACAUCAGCACACGUGUAGACGAGCGGAUCUGCAGUGUGUGUCAUCAGCUGAUAUUAAUAUUCUGAUCAAUCAUGUUAUCUGUUGCCAAACGCUUUUCUGCUGUAGAACUGAGGCAGAGUCCUCCUCCUCCUCCUCCUCAUGUGUGUAACUGUAUGUUCUGUGGAUUAAAUACAGUUGGACAGCU